AUGGCUGAUGGUCAGAUGCCCUUCUCCUGCCACUACCCAAGCCGUCUCCGCCGAGACCCCUUCCGGGACUCGCCCCUCUCCUCACGCCUGCUGGACGAUGGCUUUGGCAUGGACCCCUUCCCCGACGACUUGACCGCCUCCUGGCCUGACUGGGCCCUGCCCCGGCUCUCCUCGGCCUGGCCAGGGACCCUGAGGUCGGGCAUGGUGCCCCGGGCUCCCACCACCACGGCUAGGUUCGGGGUACCUGCAGAGGGCAGGAGCCCCCCACCCUUUCCUGGGGAGCCCUGGAAAGUGUGCGUCAACGUGCACAGCUUCAAGCCAGAGGAGCUGAUGGUGAAGACCAAGGACGGAUACGUGGAGGUGUCUGGCAAACACGAAGAGAAACAGCAAGAAGGUGGCAUCGUUUCCAAGAACUUCACAAAGAAAAUCCAGCUUCCUGCAGAGGUGGAUCCUGUGACAGUAUUUGCCUCACUUUCCCCAGAAGGCCUCCUGAUCAUCGAAGCUCCCCAGGUCCCCCCUUAUUCACCAUUUGGAGAGAGCAGUUUCAACAACGAGCUUCCCCAAGACAGCCAGGAAGUUACCUGUACCUGAGAUGCCAGCCUUGGCCCAUCCUUGUUCCCUCCCCAACCCCAGGGCUUCUCUGAUUCCGGAGUACAUCACUUUAGCUGAACUGAUAGAUUUAGUGUGAUUAAUAUGUUGGGGGG